GUCUAAGCACACCAAGGAACCUACCGCCGAUCAUUCGCCCCUACAAACCCGCAUGUCCGCCUAUGGUGGUAGCCCUAUGUCAUUGGCUGAUCACUUGGCACUUGACGACAGCACCGAGAAUGUGCAGAGACAGUCGUAUUCUCAGCCCUCCAGCCCCAAUGCCUCGCCAUCGCUGAAGUCACAUCGGUCCCUGCGCCUUCGUCUCAGAAGUAUGAGUUUCAAGAAACCCCACUCACCAACAGCUGAACAGCGCACUAAAUCAACCGCAGAGGAAGUGCUGCCCACACCCACAGCCAAUGACACCACGCACACCGCUGUCAGGACGGCCGCCAGAUCGUUGAGGUAG